AUGCCCUUCAGAAUUGCUUCUUCGUCUCCUCCAUCAGCUAGUACACCAAGAGAGAAUCACAGAGGAAUGAAAGUAACUCCACAAAGGACAGCUCUAGCGUCGAUCAAACCGUCACCGACUUCACGACGGCCUGCGCUCGCAGAGAAACCCGUACCGCCUUCGCCACGCACAUCUGCGCCCGUGCUCACAACCGACACGGAGAAGGUGGAAAUCUCCCGGCUUCCGACUGCCAUGAUCAACGUUGAGUGCAUUAGCGAUGUUAUGGCAUCGAGACUUGCUAUGUGCCUCCUCGGGCACGUCCUGUUCUUAAAAAGUCAGGUCCCAUUUCCAGUUGCUCAAUUAAUCAAAAUGUCUCUCUCUAAUAAGGCUGAUCCACGAACGAACAAGAAACAAGACGCUCUAAUAGCGUCAUUCGAUCUGCUCUCCUCUCAUCUUGGUUCUACAUUUACUGCCCUCGGUUCAAAGUUGACAAAUCGAAGCCACGUUGCUGACUUAGCCACGAGCCAUCUAGCAAUAAUUCUUGGGCCUAGUGUGACGAGCGCAAAUGCAGCCCGUGCGCGUGUGCUAUUGGAAAUAAAGGGACUUCACGUACCUCUCCGUUCACAUGUAAUGCCGCAGCUCGCGUGUACCGUUGUGAACAGUCACUUGAAGGAGAAUGAAGGCAGUCCAAAUUUGGGUAGUUCGUCGGAGCGUUCAACGCCGCUUAGCGAGAGAUCUAAAGGUCUUCGAGUUAUAUCGCAGCGUCCUCCGCUCAUGUCUCGAUCUGACGAAAGCUCAGGCGAAGAUGAUUCAACCGACGGCGUUGCCGAAGCUCCUCCCGACUCUGACUCUGAAUCCGAAUCCAUCAUCGAGGACUCAGACUCUGAUUCAAGCUCCGAUGUCGAUUCAGAAGAGCAAUUCGACUCAUCCGAAGAGGACAAUUCCGAGGCGUCUCAUGAGGUGACUGAGGCAGACUUAUGUGCAGCUGAACGGCUCCUCUCCCGCACGCUAGCCGUUGCGAACGCGGAUCCCGAGCUCGGUAUGGCUGCUGAUAUUCGUCCGACACAAACACGCAUCCUUCUGCGCGCACCACGUUGCUUUUCCCAUCCAGCAUGGAUCCCGCACCAAAAUUUGUCUCGUGAUAUGGAUCCUCUUCUUCGUGAAUUCAUCGAGCUCCCUUCCUCGUCCACUGCCUUACACGACAUCACUAACGCUUCCCCUAUUCCGGCGAAGGCAAACGAGAAACGGAAGGUACAUAAGGGUGUCAAGACUGAUUACGUUCGUGUGAGUUGUCGAGGUGCAGCUAAUAUACACACGGAGACUGGUGGAUCUACAGAGUGCCAGGAGGAAGGGGAUGCCGGCAAGAGUGAAGUCGAGGACACAAAAGACGAUAUGAUAUGGUGGAGCUGGGACGGGAAGCUCGAGGGCUUCACGGAUUUCUAAACAUAGCCGCAUACAGCACGAUGAAGUAACUGAUCAUUAGUAGAAGAAAGACUGCCUACAUCUGUCUCGACGCAUCUGUUCAUUCUCGUCAUUGUACGGACACAGACCCAUUUACUGCCUCCCCGUGCCAUGUGGAAUGGUUCCGGAGGCUCACAUCCCGCAUAUGACCCGGCACACCAUCGAUGAUAUCCAUGUCAACCACAUUUUUAUUGCCCGCAAUUCUCACUUCUCCCAAUAACAGUUCUCCAAAUCUCAUUAUGCAACAUUUUAUUUUACUCCUUCCCCUCCAUCAUUAACAUAUAUUGCAUCUGGCCCGGAAUUGCAUCACGGCAUCACGAUACCACAAUCGGAUUCAA